AUGGAUUUAAUAUUGCUCGCUGGAAUCGCUACUGCCCUUCUCGUAGUCCUGAUUACCCUUUUAUUUCUUAACAAAAGCAAAUCGAAGAGUGAUGCGCCUCCUGCGGCACCAGCACCUGUCGAGGAGAAUGUUCCACGUCGUGCACAGGUGGUGCGAAAUCAAAGAAACCGUGCCAGAGUCGCCCAAAUAGCUGAACCCGCAGACGGCUCAGAAGAGGAAGAUACCAUACCCCAAGCGCAGCAUGAUUACGCUGGUGAAAAAAUCGGCGCAAAAAAGCGUGCCAAACUGGAAGCUAAAGCUCAAAAGAAGACCGAACGCGAGCAUGAACUACGGCUUCGCGAGGAACAAAAAAAGAGAGAUGCUCUGCUGGACGAGGAGCGCCGGAAACUGGCAGAAAAGGAAGAACAGGCGGAAAAGGAUCGUGAACAAGCGGAACGCCUGGCGAGAGAGGAGAAAGAGCGCAAGGAACAUGAAGAAUAUCUUAUGAUGAAGCAAGCAUUUAGCGUUGAAGAGGAAGGCUUCGAAGAGGAGGAUGCAGACGAGCAGCAAAAUAGUCUGCAAGAGUUCAUCAAAUUUAUUCAGGAAAACAAGGUCGUUGUGCUGGAAGAUUUGGCAGUACAGUUCAAGCUGAAAGUGCAAGCAGUUAUUGAUAGAAUCGGAGAGCUGCAAAAGGAGGAACGAAUUACCGGCGUGAUCGACGAUCGAGGAAAAUUCAUUUAUGUGUCACAAGAGGAGCUCAAAUCCGUAGCAAAGUUUAUCAAGCAGCGAGGCCGUAUCUCUAUAACGGAGCUGGCAGAAAACAGUAACCAGCUUAUACACCUGACCCCGAUUGUAGCUUCCGAAAGCGCCUAA